UGCGCAGAUGCAUGCAUCAAACCUGCUGAUCGCCAUUAUGAUUUUUAUUAGUCAUCAUUAUUUGUGUACUGUCACUGUUUGUAAACAAGGCAUUUUUUACCAAAAUUUGCAUCACAAAACAAGUUAAAGUGCUGUUCGGUGAAGUAUAAUGCUUAUUAUUGCCUUCCAUGAACGAAAUGGAAGAAGAAGACACAAAAUUGUUGGGCUGCUUGCAAAAGCUCGAAUUAGAAGCUCCUAAACGUAACAAUAUAGAUUCCAACGACAACCCAUUCAGGAGAAGAUCAAAAUCAUUAUCAAGCAUUACCAAUUUAGCUCAAAAGGCAUGCGAAUGUGCGCGGAAACAAUCUGCUGUGAAGAAAACCACAUCUUUUAAACGUCAAGGCAAAAAAAUCCUACGCGAUCCUGUGUUACGCAUUGUAAAAUUUAAAGGUGCACAUAAAAAAUCAAAAACCACGACUGAAAAACUAUUUGGGCAUUGCUCUAAACAUACCGAAAAAGACUUUAAAUCGCUGAUAAAUGCUUGUGAGCAGCUCAGUUUGGAUACUGCAGCUAUGAAAACACGUGAGACAUUUUCUUCAGAGAGUUUUCAAAAAGCUCGAGGUGCAUCGCUAGUUCAAACUAAUUCUAAAGUUGAUCUAAACAGUUUAGCCAGUUGUUCACACCAAGCAAGAAUGAAUAUAAAUCCACCUUGUGAUGUGACAAUCGAUGAACUGGCAAGUUAUUUUGAAACAUCGGUACAUAUUCCUAAAAAAAUGAGCUCCAUGGCAGAGAUGAUGUAUAUUUAAAGUUAGAGUAUUCUCAGUUUAAUGUAUUGUUUGUAAGUUCUUAUGAAAUUACUUGUAUUAAUCUCAUUAGUUUUCUUGGGUUUAAGAGUCAUAUAAAAUUAUUAAACAAGACUCAUGGCUGGUUCAUACUUCAUACUUACAACGUUAAUUGUAACACUAAGCCUAAUCUCAAGAACAUGAAUCAGUGUAAAUGAGUGGUUCAAUUACCGCGAUCUUAACAUUAGCAUUAGUCCUAACAGGUUAAAAAUAUGGGAUAUUUUAUAUUUUAAAUUAAAUUGCCCAUGCUCAAAACUUUUAAAUAAUUUUCAUGAUAUGCCAAAUUUGAGGGUUUAUAAAUGUUUAUAAUUAUUAUAUCUAUUCUUUGGUCUAGAAAUAGUUAAUGUGUAUUUACAAAUAAGGAAGUUAGUCUCCGUCAGGGUGCAAUGAUUUAAAUGAAACACAAAGUUACACUUGCUGAAAAAUAAUUGUCAAAGAUAGGUAUAACAAAUUUAAUAAUACAUAUCCUGAUUUUUGAAGUUACAUAUUUCGUUAUUUUGUGUGAAUCCAUUAGACUUGGCAGAUGGCAGAGAUUUAUUUUGAAAUUGUGCUGAAAAUCCGGUAUUUGAAUACAUUUCAUUUGCAAACUCUAGUGCAGAACUAGUUUCUUCUGGUGUUAGGUUAUAUUUUUUUCCCGAGGACUGGAGUGUAGAGAAGAAAAACCAAACCAUACCUCUACACUCCAUAAUCUGCCAUAAUCAAUGUCAAAAAAUGAGCUGGUGUCAGGCUGUUUUAUACCAUUUUUGAAACAGAUGAAUGUUGAUCAAGCCAACUUCUGCCUUCCCUAAUUUAUCUUCUAGUUCAUUCCAAAUUUCUAGCGACAUUUUGUUCUGCAAUAAGUACCUACCUACUUAUUAAAUGGUAGGUACUAAUUUUAUUCUUAUGACAUUAUUAUGUAUUUCAAAAAAAAAUCCCUUUGCUCUAAGCGGGCGAUUUUUUUUGCGAGAAUAGGGGCAUCGGCAAAGUUUACUGAAUAAAAUAUAUCGGUGAUCGAUGUGGAAGAACGACACAUACCGUAGAAAUGUUAAUAUUAUCGAUAUCGGGCAGAGUUACGCAUAUUUAGCCAUUUAGGAUACUAUUUUAAAUAGAAAAUUGAUUAAAAUAAUAAAAAUGUUUUUUUAAAAUAUUGAUUUUUUUGCACCGUGAUCUCCAUACUUCUCUAAUUUUAAAAAUGUUUGUUAAUCUGUGUUAAAGCAAAACAUUAUGUUUCAUAUGAACACAGGCACAUACUAGAAUAUCAUUAAGACAUGUUGUGGAAAUAUGAACAGCUUUUCCAUGAAGUAUGGACCAGCCAUUAGAUCUCUUGAUCAUUUUUCACUCUUAAAUGAGUUUUUCAACUGUAAUCUACUGUUUUUCAUUUGAGAAAUCUAUUUAAAUUAAUAAAAUUAUGAACUACA